UCAAAAUCCCCAAAAAUCUGUACAGUCUCCUCUCUCUCUCUCGGCCAUGGAAGACGAGCAGGAGAGCUUCUUAGGGGAAGCGGCUAUCAAGAAGGAGCCCCCACCGUCGUCACCGGCUGUCGUAAUGCUGACCCCAUUCUCGGCCUAUGUCUCGCCAUCGCCGCGCCGUCUCUCCAGCCGUUUUAUUCAUCUGAAUCGGCCAGUGCGAGCGGCAGCCAGACGGCUCGACCUCGCUUGGGUAUCUCUCCAGGGCCGGCUCGUCGGCGCCGAAGAAGCCACCUCGGCUAGAACAUUGAGGGGUGGCGGUGGAUCAUUGGCUCCAGAAGAGGCGAUGGCGUGGGAGAUGUUUAGCCCCAUCCAGAGGGUUCUUAUCGUCGCAGUCAUUGCCGUUGCCGCCGUCAACUCCAAAAAGAACAGCCAGAUUUAUCGCCUGACGAAAUCUGUUGAACUUAGGGAUCAGGUGCUUUCAAGCAUGCAAGAGAAGCUUGAUAAAUUAUGUGAGCAAGUUAAUUAUUUUAAAGAUCAGCAGGGAACUUGGGAUGAUAAUAUGUUUGGGUUUGAAAAAGUUAAAUCUGUACCAUGUGGCUGUCAGCCUUGCAAGCAUCAUCAACACCUACUGAACGACCCAAUGGAUAAUCAUGCGAACGAAUCUUUUAGUGGUAAAGAUAUGUUCAAGUAUAAAAUACAUCUCUGUGAUGUGGAGCCAGAGGAGCGGCGCAUGUCUGAUCUGUCAGAUUGGGCUCCCAGUGUUACUUCCUCCGUUGACAUACAGCUGAAUCCACUAGCAAUUGAGCAAGACAUCAACAAUCUCAAAAAGGAAUGUGAAGAAAAGGAUGCCACCAUAAAGGAGCUAUCUACUUUUAUCCAUUCAUCUGAACUUGCUGGUUCUAAGAGGAUUGCAGAGUUGGAGGACAUAAUCCGUAGGAAAAACGUGAGAAUUACAAAACUUAAGAAGGACAUGUUGGUUCUGGAACAGAAGGUAGUGCAGCUAACAAGACUUCAGAGACCCUCUUCUGCAUCAAGCUCAAAUUCAAUGCAGCUACCGGUGAUGGCUGAUAAUCUCCUAUAUGAUAUGGAUAGUACAACCAGCUCGUCAUCCUCUGAUUCGGAUUGUCCUGCCAGGAACCGACCACAGGCUCCUGUUUCUAAAAGCCAGGAAAAUUGUACUCCGAAUGGCAGUGUAACUCCAAGGAGGAAGGAGAAAAUAUCAGAACGUACAAAAACUUCUGGCUUCUUACUGAAAUCAACAGACAAGCAACAAAAGUCGCGACCAGUGAGCCCUCUGAAAGAAAAACCUAUUAAUGAAACACCUGAUCCCAUCUCUUCUUUGCGACACAUGCAGUUGAUAUUGGCUGGUGGCAAUGUUAAACAUAGGAGGCGGGAAAUUGGAUCUAAGGUUGCAACCCCGCAGAAGAGAUGGCUUUAGUAAGUACAAGAAGGUUUGUAUUUUGAUUACUCCAUCCUCUAAAAAGUGAGAUGGAAUCUUGAGUACUUUCUCUAGAAAAAUAUGAGGAUGAAUCAAUUAUGUUAGUUCCCAAAGAUUAAUGGAAGUUCAAGAUUUCCCUAAAACUA